GCGUGAGUUUCCACAAAACGGGUGGGGGAAAAAUCCCAGUCGGUAGAGAUGGUCGCUAACGGCUUCAAGUGGAUUUUUCAAAGGGGACGGGGCAUCAUGAGGAAAUAUGGCGUUUUAUUCCUGCUCCUCGCUGAUGUUUUCUUCAAAUCCUCAAAUGGGUACCUGAGCUCCGCGCAUGUGGGUCAAGAUACUGCAUACACACCUCAGCACGGCCCAGCAGUACCAGGUCCAGUCAGAUCAGCAUCACCACCACCAGCAGCAGCAGCAGCAGCAGCAGCCACCUCCUCUUCCUCAUCCUCUUCCCAUUCCUCUUCAUCAUCAUCAUCAUCAGUGUCUCUGGCUGACGUCGAGAAUCACGAGGCAAAGUGUCCCAGCAGAGGACUGUGCAAUAAGUUACCAGCCGACUGCUUCACGUGCGCGUACCAUCACAACUGCAGCUACGGCAGGCCGGCCAAUUUCACCUGCAAGACCAAGGAUCGAGUUCACUGCGUGGACGCCUCGGGUCGAAACCAGACCGUCUUUAACCUGACCGUGGAUUGCCGGUUUUGCUGGCAGCUCGAUCCAGCUGAGUAUCGCUGCAACAUUUCUACCACCUGCAUGACCGUGUCCUGCCCUCGCAAGCGCUACAACGCCACCUGUACCGUCAUGGACCAUGUAAACUGCUUAGGAAAAAGGGAAUUCCAGAAGCGCCUCUUCUGCAACUGGACUGGGGGAUAUAAAUGGUCCACAGCACUGACGCUCAGCAUCACUCUGGGUGGGUUUGGAGCCGACCGCUUUUAUCUGGGUCAGUGGAGAGAGGGACUGGGCAAGCUCUUCAGUUUCGGCGGACUGGGCAUCUGGACCCUCAUUGACGUCCUCCUCAUCGCCGUGGGUUACGUGGGGCCAGCUGAUGGAUCGCUCUACAUCUGAGACGUAAAGUGACAUCACGCAGGCUGUUUUUUUUUUUUUCUUUACAGAAGGGGAAUUUCAGACUGGACUGGAACACAACUGGUGAGAUUAAACUUGAGCUGGUUUUCUCGCCAAAACUAGACUACAGGAAGACAUUAUUACUGUGUUCACAUAAAAAAAAAAACCCACAUGGUGUAGCUUAAUAUCGCUGUAGGUGAAUGACUUCAUAGCCGUCUGCAUGAUUCUCAGUCCUAGUGCGCGUUGGUUAUGAGGAAAAACAUGCACUCGGUUUGUGCUGUGAGAUUUUUAUUUCAUACGUAAAGACUCUCGGAAAGAUCCUCGGUCGCUCGGAGACGAAUUGUAAUGCCACUUUGUAUCUUAGAGGUGCCUAAGUGGUUCCGUCAGUCUUCACAAACUGGGAAAAUGAGGAAAAGACAACACCACCUGGGAUUCUUUUUGUCCUUUUUUCCCCCCUCAAUGUUGAAAAGAAACAAAAACCUCAAGGUGUGCCAGUGCCAUUACGCUGUUACGCAGUGUAACAUUAUGCUUGUGUGUUUGUUGUAACGUUUGUUUGUCUACACGGUAAUUGCAUUUGUACCACUAUUUAUUUUCUCUUUUUCCUUUUUUUUUUUUUUUUUGACCAAAUAAGCUCCUGACAAAAGCAAAUGGUUAUAUGACUCUCAAUUCGUAAGGUUCAUUAGGUUUCACUAAGCAAAUAUAUUCACUCCGGUGUGUGUUUUUAAAGGACCGAGCGCAUAUGAUGCAUGAAUGGGGAAUAAUUCUAGAAAGAAACCCAUCAAGAACCAGAUACUGAACAAUAGCACUUUCUCUUUUGCAAUGGAAAAGCACAAAAGGAACUGAUGGGAAUCAGCACAGCGCUGCAGAUACACGGAAACACGGUUUCCAUACACAGUCUGUGAAAUUACACAAUAAAGGAAGUGUAAUCACCUCAAAAGUAGCUAUGGGUUCUUAGAAGACGCUAAUGGCGAAUAGAACUUUCUGGAACACGAUACGGAACGGAACGUUAAGCAUGUGAAACUCCUUAUAAGCAUAAUGUUAAGCUGUUGCGCCCAACUUUUGGCCCAGACUCCUGUUUCUCUAGUGCUGACCUGUAAAUAUCAGCCUUGUAAACUGUAAUCUCUCUCAUUGUAAGCUGGCAUCAUGCCAGCGCUGCUGUUUGAAAAGGAAAGCUGGAGGCGGACGGCUGUGCGUGCCUGCUUCACCUCCUUUGUUCCGCACACACUUUAGAUCUUCUCCUCCAGCGUCUCAAGAGACACUCAUUCUCCGACCUUCAUUAUUCCUCCAUCUCAUGCCAGUGGGCCUACACCACAGAGAAAGGAUUCCUGUGUUCACAAGGAUACAAACCGAACCAUUCGGUAUGGUUUAGUAAAGAGAGCGUUGACCUAGAAAUAAAAAAAUAAUAAAAAAAUAAAAGAUCUCCGUUUUGGUUCUCAUGAAUCCUUGAGUGAACAAGAAGUAGUCCAACUAGUUGGUGAGAAACAAGUCCAAAUAUAAAAUAUCUAAAAUAAAAGUGUGUUCUGUUCUGUGCAACAAAUGUUUAGGUGUGAAAACAAACUUGGCAGGAGGAACGAUUCAUUAAAAGCUUUUGUCCCCCCCCCCCCCGUCAGAAUAUUUUUUCGGUCCGUGUUCACACCGUUGUAUGAACACGCUGCGGGAUAUAUUCAGGGUUGUGGUGGAUGCGGGGUCCAUAUCGAAGCAAGUCUGGAUGCACCAUAGAUGGGGAACCAUUCCAUCACAGGGCACCAUGUACACUCAUUCACAUCUAUGAGCAAUUUAGCGUAGCCAGUCCACCUAACAGCGUGCUUUCUGGAGGCGGGACGAAACCAGACAACCCAGAGGAAACCCAUGCAUAUGGGAUAUAAGCUUGAAAAACAUAGUCCAUAAUGCAUCAGCAAUGAAGUUUAAAUUGAUUGUUUUCCUUUGCGUUCUUGCAGGAGUCACGCAGUCAUGACACUGCUAAUGCGCUCUGGGGAGCAGUGUUUGAGUCUUGAUUUUCAUGCUCUUUGGGUCAAAUCCAUUGACGCAAGGUCAGGGUCGCGAAUCUAGGCGAUUGUAACCCUUAUCUAAGGGUGCUUCAGCCCUCCUGUUAUUCAUCUCGGCUCCUGAAAUGUUCACUCGAUGCAUACUGAUUGGAAUCUUGCUAAGGGUUAAAACUCUAACUGUCUUCAUGGUUUAGACAGAAUGGUGCGAAAAACAAAAAACAUCCAGUGAACGUCAGUGACGUGGACAGAGACGCCUUGUUGACGAUAGAGCUUCGAGGUGAAUAGCCAGAGAGAAGAAAUGUUUCGAGCUGACAGGGAGGCUACGGUAAACUUAACUACUCUUUACAAACGUGGUGAGCAGGAGUGAAUCUCGGAACACACGACACCUGAAGCUGAACCCUGAAGCCGAUGAGCUACGAACAGGAAUCUGAAGGUGGUGGGUGUACGUGGAGAAUAUUAUACACCUGUGAGAGGGGAGAUCCAACCUGACCAAGACGUUACAUUUAUGCACUUCUCCUCGGGAAUGCUUCAGUCUGGGACUCCAUUGAGUAUAAUGUCAGCCCGCCCGCUAUCAGCAUCACUCGCUCACUCCCACGCUCCCCUCCGAAUGCCGACGGCCUGGUUCUGCCUGUGGCUCAGCCUCUGAUCCGUGAUCGGUUUCUCCCCAUGACGCCUCCACUCGAGCCUGAGAUUAAUUAGAGGAGGAGAGGUGAUGAGUGGGUGCGCUACAAAUCAUGGCUUUGUGAACUCAUCUUCAAAUAGUACCGAGUUUGGUUCAAGUCGGCAUGUGAACGUCCUUCACACGCACUACAUCCGCGCGUGAGUUCAAGAUCGUAAUUUCAUCCGGGAGCUUAUUGGCACCGAUGAUAGCUUCCUUUUCGACUGAUUUGAACAGAUACAAUCCUCCGCCAAGUCAUUUUCUCCUCUUGUGUGCAUCGACUUUUUGCCAGCGGGAUAAAUUUGUUCGGGUGUGUUUCAUUUGUUCAUUUUCGGUUACUUUACACAAUUGAUAAGUUUACUGUGAACACUCCUCUCCCCCCGCCCCCUCGGCACGUCUUUUCUCUUUGUUCCCGUGUUAACUCGGGUACAGACGGAUAAAGCCCCUCACCAUUUGCGCAUUCCUUUUUUCCCUGAAUACCAUCUGCACGCGUUUACACACCUUCCUGAAUAACAUUUGUUCGUAUUCCUACGAAUGCCUGAAAACCAUAUAUGGUGUUGUUCCAGUCUUACACUGAUAUGCUUCCCGUCUUAUGCGAAUAUGCCCUUCCACCUAGCCAAUCACUAGUUAACCCAUUGUCUCUGUCGUGUGCCAAGCAUAAUAUAUACUCUGCCUUUCUUUGAAUAAAUCCAAGAUCUUGCCAUUUGAA